AUGGAGCCCGAGUCAGGCGGAUUGUGAAGCGGCUCGUUCAUUGUAGGCCCCGCUUACGGCUCCUCCUCUCUUUGGUUGGGCCAAGAUGGCUGCUCCCUCCGCGUUGGGGCAAAGCCUGGACAAGCCGCCGCCGUCGCCGCUCCUGCUCCCGCCGCUCUCCACGGAUUUGUUGCAAACGCAUGUUAAAGUUGAAGAAGAUGAUGAUGAUGUACAGUUCGUGUCUAUUAGCCGUAAGGACAUAGAUGAGGAUGAAUCAUUUGUGAAAGUUAGAAAAUCUAUAAAAGCUAGAAAGCCCCGUUAUGAUGGAUCCCUAGUUCAUCUGACCAGGAGAUUCAUGGAUCUUGUCAAAACUGCCCCAGAAGGUGUCCUUGAUUUGAAUGAGGUUUCUCGUAGACUGGGUGUGCGGAAACGAAGAGUGUAUGAUAUCACAAAUGUGUUGGAUGGAAUACACCUUAUUCAGAAAAGAUCUAAGAACCUGAUCCAGUGGGUUGGAUCAGAUAUUAAACAGAUUACUAAAAGAACGCCAGCACAAGAAAAGUUAAGAGAUGAACUUUAUGAUUUAACAGCAAUGGAAGAAGCACUGGAUGAAUUAAUGAAGGAUUGUGCUCACCAGUUGUUUGACUUAACAGAUGACAAAGAAAACGCAAGACUUGCUUACGUGACCUAUCAAGAUAUCCGUAGCAUUCAGACAUUUCAAGAACAGAUUAUUAUUGGAAUCAAGGCUCCAGAAGAAACCAAAAUGGAGGUACCACCUCCUAAAGAGGACUGUAUAGAAGUGCGUAUAAGAAGCACAAAGGGACCCAUCGAAGUUUAUUUAUGUAUGCCAUUAGAUAAUCCAGAUACUGAUACCUUGAAAAACACAGAUAAUCUUUCAUGUGAAAAUAAAUAGGCAGCGGCUGAAGAUAGAGUGAGCAACAUGAGAAAGAUUGUUGGAUUACUAAAGCAUUUGAUCUCUGGAUUCCAGCAUCAUGGACUUGCCAGGAUUUAACUUCUCUCGGGGUCAGUGCAGGUGUAACAGGUUUUCUCUUAACUGCAUUUGAGAGAUGAAGAGAAGAGUGGAAUUGUGGUCUCUCUACUCAGAGCUAUUAUCCUGCUUCCAACCUUUCCAUUGGAAUAAAGUUAAGGAUAAACAAUCAUCUUUCCCUCACUGUCACCCAUUAAGGUGACUCUGGAAUAAGACAUUCUCAGUUAAACCACAACUUUAGGAGUGCUAUCAUGCAAGACAGCCUUGAGUUAGAUUUUGAAAACAUGGCUUAAGCUUGCCUCUGAAUAAAGGGCCUGUAAGUAUAGAGCAAGCGGCCUUAGUCUGUUUCAUGUGUGUCUAAAUGGCCUCUCUUGCAGCUUAAUGGACAGAAGCAGCAAUGAACACGAGACAUUCAUAAUUACUGCUUUUAAAUAUGUAGCUCUUUAAAACUGAUGUGGGAACAAAUAUAUUCAGUAAGGGACAAUUUUUAAAGAAAUGCACUUUAGUUGCAAUGCUGCACUGUUGCCAAGGGGAACCAGCAAACCUAUAUUAAAAUGCAAAAAUCUGGAAUAGGGAAUACCUUGUACAAGAAGAAGGGUACAAGAGAUUUUAAAAACGUGCUGUGUAUGUGGAUUUUUAAAAAUAAAAUUCUGUAUAGAAUGGUAGUCGUAAACCUUGGGGAAACAGAAAUGUCUUGGAUCAUGUGUAUUAACGUGUAUCAUGUUUAAAUGGUCCCUAAUGCAAAUUUUGGCAGGCUGAGCAGCUUUCUGCCUCUGUAAAGCAAAACACAAAUAAACUUGUAAAUAUGAAA